AGUGACAACUCGUUUUUGUGACAAAAUGACUGUUUUUCAAAAACAUGCCCAAUCUAAUUAUUUUUAAUGUACUUUUAGCCAUUUUGAGUGCAAAAGCGUACUUGUACAAACCAAUAUACUUUCAAGAGGAAGAAGUGAGACACGUGAGGGCAGUCACUGACCAAAAACCGCCAUGUAACGAGCAAAAAUUAAUCGAAAUCCUCGCGGACAGUCAAAUUUCCAGUCCGGAGGACAUAAUUGUCAUCACGAUAAACGAUUUCGACACCGCUUGUCAUGCCGUUGCACGUACAAUAAAAAAAUCCGACCAGUUAUUGAAGAAUUGCACGGAAUCGGAGAGUUUGUACUACAGUUUACUGGACGGGUUAAGAGUGUUGGACAAGGAUUUGUGCAAGAACAACGAGUUUUAUAAGAAAUACGCGAAAUGCGUGAAAUGCUACGAGGAUUUGGGGAAAGAUUACGAGAGUUGCAACGGCACCCCCGACUGGAACGAGAACGAGGAUGAGAUAAAGGUCUGCAAAGCGUACAAGAAAAUCGUCAAUUGUUACUAUAUUAAAACGGCCAAAGUGUGCGGGUUAACGGCUGCCUCCUAUUUAAGGAAACUCAUGAAACAAGUGUUUGAUUGUACUUUACUUGUGAAGUGUUCAAUAGGAUCCGCUCCGCAGGUGAAAAAUCCCAUGUCAGAUAAAUAUGUGGAGGAAAUAUCAGAUGUAGCAUAUCAGUUUAUCGGGAAUUAUCUUUUGAUAGUCAUGUUUGUACCGUUUUUAUUAUUUUAUUACAGUGUAAUAUACUAAACAGUUUUUAGAGGG